CGGCGGAAGGCAGGGGCCCGGAGGCGGCGCAGGCGGGCGGCCAUUUUGUGGCGCUGCGCGGUGGCAGGCGCUGGGCUCAGCGCGGGGAGCGGGGCCUGUGUGGCGGCGAGUCCCUCUCUUUCUAACCCCUUUCCUCCCCCGUACAGGCCGCUCGUCUAAAAGUUGGUUUUAAUUGGUUGCCCACAGGAUUGACUUGGCUUCUGCUACUUGUUAAGGAAAAAAAAAACACCUCUUCUUGCAGGUGUGUGUGUUUCAGCGCAGCAUGGCUGUGGUCAUCCGCUUACAAGGUCUCCCAAUUGUGGCGGGGACUAUGGACAUUCGCCACUUCUUCUCUGGAUUGACCAUUCCUGAUGGGGGCGUGCAUAUAGUAGGGGGUGAGCUGGGUGAGGCUUUCAUCGUCUUUGCCACUGAUGAAGAUGCAAGGCUUGGUAUGAUGCGAACAGGUGGUGCCAUUAAAGGGUCUAAAGUAACACUACUGCUAAGCAGUAAAACUGAAAUGCAAAAUAUGAUUGAACUCAGUCGCAGGCGCUUUGAAACAGCCAAUCUAGAUAUGCCGCCAGCAAAUGCUAGCAGAUCUGGGCCACCACCUAGUUCUGGAAUAAGUAGCAGGGUCACUCUUCCUACUACAGUUCCUAAUUUUAACAGCCCCUCUCCUGGUGUAGUUACUGCAGCUACUUCCGUUCAUGAAAGUAACAAAAACAUACCAACAUUCUCCACUGCAAGUAUGGGAACGGCACCUCCCAAUCUCGGUCCUACUUUUGGAAGUCCCACAUUUAGCUCUACUGUACCUAGUACAGCAUCUCCAAUGAAUACUAUACCACCUCCACCAAUACCUCCUAUUCCAGCUAUACCAUCAUUGCCCCCAAUGCCUUCGAUUCCUCCUAUGCCCGUUCCACCUCCCGUACCUACACUGCCUCCUGUGCCACCUGUUCCCCCAAUACCUCCUGUACCUCCUGUGCCACCUAUGACACCUUUGCCUCCAUUAUCAGGAAUGCCUCCUAUGAAUCCACCACCUGUGGCACCUUUGCCUACUGGAAUGAAUGGUUCUGGAACAGGCAUGAAUCUGAGCAGUAACAUGAAUCCAAUGUUCAUGAAUCCCAUAAAUGCUAUUCAGAUCAAUUCUCAGAGUGGUGUAAAACCACUUCCUAUUAAUCCAGAUGACCUGUAUGUCAGUAUCCAUGGAAUGCCAUUUUCAGCAACAGAAUCAGAUGUCAAAGAUUUUUUCCACGGACUUCGUGUUGAUGCAGUGCAUAUUUUGAAAGAUCAUGUGGGACGAAAUAAUGGAAAUGGAUUCGUUAAAUUUUGCUCUCCUCCUGAUACAUUUGAGGCCUUGAAACGAAACAGGAUGCUCAUGAUUCAGCGCUAUGUUGAAGUUAGUCCUGCAACAGAGAGACAGUGGGUGACUGCAGGAGGCCACAUAACAUUCAAGCAAACCAUGGGUCCUUCUGGACAAAACCAUCCUUCUCCUCAGACUCUCUCUAUGUCUAAAUCUCCCAAUGGUCAGAAAAGGUCAAGGUCCAGAUCGCCACAUGAUCAGGGCUUCUGUGUUUAUUUAAAAGGUCUUCCUUUUGAAUCUGAGAACAAACAUGUAAUCGAUUUUUUUAAAAAGCUAGAUAUUGUGGAAGAUAGUAUUUACAUAGCUUAUGGACCGAAUGGAAAAGCACUUGGUGAAGGUUUUGUUGAAUUCAGAAAUGAAGCUGAUUAUAAAGCAGCUUUAUGUCAUCAUAAACAAUACAUAGGAAACCGUUUUAUUCAAGUUCAUCCCAUAACUAAAAAGGCUAUGCUGGAAAAGAUAGAGAUGAUUCGGAAAAGACUGCAAAGUUUCAACUAUGAUCAGCGAGAGAUCAUGAUAAAUACAGAAGGGGAGAUGGGCCCGCCUAAAUUAUGUGCACGUAUAUCCAAUAUUCCCUACAACAUUACCAAAAUGGAAAUUAUUCAGUUUCUGGAAGGUCUCGCAGUAGACGAAAACUCUAUCCAGAUCCUUGUUGAUACCAAUGGCCAAGGCUUAGGACAAGCAUUGGUCCAGUUAAAAACUGAAGAAGAUGCUCGUAAGUCAGAGCGCCUACAUCGAAAGAAACUGAAUGGCAGGGAUGUUGUGCUAAGGUUAAUUUCGUUUGAAGAAAUGAAAGAAAUUGAAAGAAACCCUCCUACUCUAGGGAAAAAAAUCUUUAAAAUGCCAUUGCCAGGGAGUACAGUAGUGCCAGGAGUACAGAACGCUGGUGGGGAUGAACAUUCUUUCAUAGGUAGUAGUUCAAAGGAUACAAGCAGUGGUCCACCCUUUCACUUUCCCAGUAAUUUCAGUGGGUCAAAUGCGUUCGGACCCCCUAUUCCACCACCAGGUAUAGGAGGAGGUGGCUUUGGUGAUUCUAGACCAGGAAUGCCACCUAUUGGAAAUAGUGGUUUGCCGGGUUUGCCUGGUUCAGGAAUAGAUGUCCCACGAUUCCCAGGUGGGCCUAGUAAUUUAACUGGGCCACCUGGUUUUGGAGGUGGCCCUCAGAACUUUGGUAAUGGCCCUGGUAAUAUAACCGGUCCUCCUACUUUUGGUAGUGGACCUCCAAAUCUAAGUGGUGGGCCUGGACACUUAAGUGGGCCUCCAGGAUUUGUGCCUGGACCUGGACCUGGACCUGGAUCUGGCCCUGGAUCUGGCCCUGGAUCUGGCCCUGGACUUGGCCCUGGAUCUGGCCCUGGACUUGGCCCUGGCCCUGGCCCUGGCCCUGGCCCUGGCCCUGGCAACCUACAUAUUGCAGGUCCACCUGGGUUUGGAGCUGGUUCUGGUAAGCCAGGACCAACUGUUAUUAAAGUUCAGAAUAUGCCCUUUACUGUAUCAGUGGAUGAAAUUUUGGAUUUUUUCUAUGGCUAUCAGGUAAUUCCAGGUUCAGUGUGCUUAAAAUAUAAUGAAAAAGGUAUGACCACAGGUGAAGCAAUGGUUGCAUUUGAAUCUCGUGAUGAAGCAAUGGCAGCUGUUGUUGAUCUGAAUGAUAGACCAAUAGGCUCAAGAAAAGUGAAACUUAUGGCUCACUGUGUGACCAAGGUGGAACUGUCCAUAUCCUGUGACAAUCUGAUUGACAAAGAUGUUGGUUCAAAAUCUGAUCCCUUAUGCGUCUUGCUUCAAGAUGUUGGCGGAGAGCAGUGGACUGAAUUGGUUCGAACAGAAAGAAUAAAGAACUGCCACAAUCCUCAAUUUUCAAAGAAGCUACUGAUUGAUUAUUAUUUUGAGAAAGUUCAGAAACUGAAAUUUGGUGUGUAUGACAUUGAUAACAAAUCGUAUGACUUGAAUGAUGAUGACUACCUUGGAGGGGCAGAGUGCACCUUGGGACAGAUUGUAUCAAGUAAGACAUUAACUCAACCUUUAAUGAUGAAGAAAGGAAAACCUGCAGGAAAAGGCACAAUUACGAUUUCUGCAGAAGAAAUUAAAGACACUAGAGUUAUUUGUAUGGAUGUUGAAGCUCGGAAUUUGGACAAAAAGGAUUUUUUGGGCAAAUCUGAUCCAUUUUUGGAAUUUUACAAGCAAAGUGAUAGUGGAAAAUGGCAGCUUGUCUACCGAUCAGAGGUAAUUAAAAACAAUUUAAAUCCUUGCUGGAAAAAAUUCAGUGUUCCUCUGCAAACUUUCUGUGGUGGUGAUUUCAACAAACCAAUCAAGGUACACUGUCAUGAUUAUGAUAGUGAUGGGUCACAUGAUUUGAUAGGCUCUUUUGACACUAACCUGUCCCAGCUACAGAAUGCAAGUGGCAGUUCUCCGGUAGAAUUUGAGUGUAUUCACCCUGAAAAGAAGAGAAAGAAGAAGAGUUAUAAAAACUCUGGCAUUGUUAGAGUGAAAUUGUGCAAGAUUGAAAUCGAAUAUUCUUUCCUGGAUUAUAUCAUGGGAGGCUGCCAAAUUAAUUUCACUGUGGGUAUAGAUUUCACAGGCUCCAAUGGAGAUCCAAAGUCAACAGAUUCUCUUCACUAUAUAAGUCCAAAUGGGAUAAAUGAGUAUCUCACUGCCAUCUGGACUGUGGGAAGUGUGGUCCAGGAUUACGACAGUGAUAAACUCUUCCCAGCCUUUGGAUUUGGAGCUCAGGUGCCUCCUGAUUGGCAGGUUUCACAUGAAUUUGCAUUGAACUUCAAUCCUACCAAUCCUUAUUGCCAAGGAAUCGAAGGAGUUGUGGGUGCCUAUCGCCAAGCAUUGCCUCAGAUUCGUCUCUACGGGCCAACAAAUUUCUCGCCAAUUAUAAAUCAUGUUGCUAGAUUUGCUGCUCAUUCAGCACAACAAGGGACUGCUUCACAAUACUUUGUCUUGCUGAUAAUCACAGACGGAGAGAUCACUGAUUUAGACCAAACCAGGCAAGCCAUUGUCAAUGCCUCCAAGCUGCCCAUGUCUAUUAUUAUUGUUGGAGUUGGCAAUGCUGAAUUCAAGGCCAUGGAAUUCCUGGAUGGGGAUGAUGGUGUUUUAAAGUCCUUAUCGGGGGAGCCAGCUGCAAGGGAUAUUGUCCAAUUUGUUCCUUUCCGAAAGUUCCAAAAUGCUCCCCGUGAAGCACUUUCCCAGACAGUCUUGGCUGAAGUUCCCAAGCAACUGGUCACCUAUUUCAAGCAGGUUGGCCUGACUCCUGUGAAAUUGCCUUCUGAAAAGCAACCGGAAAACAAACCAUAACUGGAGAAGAAAGAAAAGAAUACUGCAUAUACCACUUUCUAAUAAAUAGACAUGUAUUACCCUGUAUCCCAAAUAAGGUUUCUACAUAUAUUGGAUAUAUGAUAUACCCUGCAGACAGUAUAUAAGAAUAUUGAUGCUCUUAGUGGUUCUUAGUAGGGAAACUACUUCACAUCUCAAAUCAUUAAUCAUGGCCAUGUAUUUUUGCAUUUUAUACUAUGCAAUGAAUUUUGAAUUUGAUUUUUUAAAGGACGAUUCUAGCAUGAAUAGUGAACUUACUGCUUAUGAUAUAGAAACUGAAUGGGCCUUUAGAUAUGACUUUCAGAAAGUGAUUGGACUCUGCUAUACCUGUUAUAUCACUUACGGAUGUUACUACUAGUCUUUACCUCUUCAUCAAGCCUUCUCCUUUAACACCUUUUCCAUUAGUUCAGCCUUUCAGUGCAUUUUAAAAGAAAUGAUAAUCAUGUAGAACUAUUUCUACAGUUGAUACUGAAUUAUUCUUAGCAUAUACAGGCUGAGUAUCUCUUACCCAGAAAUCAGAAAUGAUCUGUAAUCUAAAUUUGUGCACAUGGUUGAUUGAAAUAGUGACAUCUUUGCUUUCUCGUGGUUCAAACUUUGUUUCAUGCACAAAAUUAUUAAAAUAUUGUGCAUAAAAUUUCCUUUAGGUUAAAGUGCAUAAAGUGAAUAUGAAACAUAAAUUAAUGUUGUGUUUAGAUUGUAAUCCAUAUCUAAGAAAUGUCGUUAUGUAUAUGGAAAUAUUUCAAAAUUCAAAAUACUUCCUAUUUCCAAGCAUUUUGGAUAAAGAAUACUAAAACUGUAGUCCAUUUUCUUCAAAAUACCACUAUAGCUGAUCAUGGCUUCCUAAAAUUUGAAAAGAUCCAAAAUGAAAAGAUAAGAGCAAUGCUCUUAUAUUCCUGUAGUUCACUAAAUGAACUUCGUUCUUUGAAUCAUUGUUUUCUCUAGUUUGGAAUGUAUUAGAAAUCUUGGUGCUGUAACUUUUUUUCUAUUAUAUAAUUCUGUAAGCUCAGCUGUAGUAUAUCACGUUAUAUAUUGCUGGAAAGUGUUCUCUAGUGUCUGACUAGAAAGAGAACUCCUUUUGCAUUGAUGAUUGCACCAAAUACUUCUGUUGCCUUAAAUUCUGAUGUGCCUUUAUGUAAUGCCAUGUAUUUUUAGAGAUGUAUUUUAUAAAGAAGCUUUAAUCCUUAUUUCCUCAAGCUGAUUGCAUAUCAUUUUAAAAAAUAUAUUCUUCAGUUGUUCCAAAAUACAGUUUCUCUCUCAAGGGCAUUUUAGUCAAUAUGUUUCAAACUUUGAGUGAUGCACUGAUACAGAAAGUAAUCACUAUGUGAUUUUCCUAAUUUGGCACCUAGAUUUAAUGAGGCAACAGCUAAAGAAUGGCAUUUUAAACAGUUAUUGCACCACUUUAUUCAAGAUGUCAAUUAUAUUUAAUUUACAGCAGACAUUGAAUUCCUACUUUAGAUUACAUAAUUCCAGUUAUUUUUUAAAAAAUUAAUUCCGUGCCUCUUACUACCUUUUUAUAUUCAAAAGCACUUUAAAAUAUAGUGUGAAAUCUUUAUUAGAUUUUAGGGAUACAAUAUAUGAAUAAAUGUAAAUGUUACUGUUUCCAAACACAAUCACUGUUCCAAAAUGUAAGAAAAUUCCAUUAAUGUCAAAUCACUAAUCUAAACGGUGAUUUAACAUUCUAAAGCCAAAGAUUUUUUUUCUUUUUAAAGCUAAAAUUUUAAAUCAUAGGGUGUUGCCUUUUUUCAUUCAGCCAUAAUGGAAAUCUAUAAUUUGGGUUUAUCAAAUAAUUGAUGUGUUUAUCAUUCCACAUUUUCAUUAGGCCAGUAUCAAAAUGCGUAGUGAAUUUUCCAAACCUCAGUUUUUUUCCCAAUUAGUUCCCUGAAAGAUUGUUAAACUGACUGCAGCCAGUUACUGUUGCUUUCAGUUCCUUGGUUUGUAACAGUAAUAAAUUAUUAUUUCGGUGCAUCAGGAUUUUUCUUGGACUUAUUCUGUUGAGCUUGCCUGCCUGAUCUAGUUGACUUUAUUGGCAGUGCCUUCAGCUAGGGAAGAUACGGCACAAAUUCAUUUUUAAAACACCGUAAUAGGCUUUGCUUGGUUGAAAUGAAAUCUGAUUUUUGUGAUGUUGGUAUGAAAGUUUACAUUGUAAACCCAUUUGAAAAAUGUUACAUACAUUGGAAAAUGUUACCGCAAUCUUCUGCACACCUUUAUUUGUUUGAUUAAUCCGAAUGCUGUUUUUCAUAUAAGGGUUUUCUUCUUUUGUAUUUCAUAUUCCAUUAAAACAUGUUUAUGGAA